AUGGCGUCGACGGGGAUCAAGAAGAUCAAGGUGAAGAACCCGGUGGUGGAGCUGGACGGAGACGAGAUGACCAGGAUCAUCUGGCAGGAGAUCAAGGACAGGUUCAUCCACCCGUACCUGGACAUCGACCUCAAGUACUACGACCUGGGUCUCCCCUACCGUGACGAGACGGAGGACAAGGUGACUCUCGAUGCCGCCGAGGCCAUCAAGAAGUACUCCGUCGGCGUCAAGUGCGCCACCAUCACCCCGGACGAGCAGCGCGUCGAGGAGUUCAAGCUCAAGAAGAUGUGGCUGUCCCCCAACGGCACCAUCCGAAACCACCUCGGCGGUACCGUCUUCCGUGCUCCCAUUGUCAUCCCCCGCAUCCCCCGCCUCGUACCCGGCUGGAAGCAGCCCAUCAUCAUCGGGCGCCACGCAUUCGGCGACCAGUACCGGGCCAAGGACCGCGUGAUUGAGGGCGAGGGCACGCUGGAGAUGGUAUUCACGCCCAAGGGCGGGAAGCCCGAGACGAUCAAGGUGUACGACUUCCCCGCGGGCGGCGGCGUCGCGCAGACGCAGUACAACACGGCGGAGUCGAUCUCCGGGUUCGCGCACGCCAGCUUCAAGCUCGCGCUCGACAAGAAGCUCCCGCUGUACAUGAGCACCAAGAACACGAUCCUCAAGGCGUAUGAUGGUCGUUUCAAGGACAUCUUCCAGGAGAUUUAUGAUGGACAGUAUAAGAAGGACUUCGACGCCGCGGGCAUCUGGUACGAGCACCGUCUUAUUGACGACAUGGUCGCCCAGAUGAUCAAGAGCGAGGGCGGCAUGAUCAUCGCCAUGAAGAACUACGACGGCGACGUACAAUCCGACAUCGUGGCCCAAGGCUUCGGCUCCCUCGGCCUCAUGACCUCCGUCCUCAUCACCCCCGACGGCAAGACGUUCGAGGCGGAAGCCGCCCACGGCACCGUGACCCGCCAUUUCCGCGAGCACCAGAAGGGCCGCGAGACGUCGACGAACCCGAUCGCGUCCAUCUUCGCGUGGACGCAGGGUCUCACCAAGCGCGGCGAGCUCGACGGCACUCCCGAGCUCGUCGUCUUCGCGCAGCAGCUCGAGAAGGCGUGCGUUGACGCUGUUGACGUCGACGGCAUCAUGACGAAGGAUCUUGCGCUUGCGACGGGAAGGAAGGACCGCGCGGCGUGGGUUACCACGAACGAGUACCUUGAGGCGGUGGAGAGGAGGUUGAAGAGCAGUCUGAAGGAGAAGUUGUAG